UACCCCAUCAACCCUAUUUAUAAAACCAUCUCCUUCCACUCUCUUCUACACUCCCCAAUCCUUCUCUGAACAUCACUUCCCAGACCAAACCCUAAAUUAAAUUCAUGUGCUCCUCAAGGUCUACCACUCCAUCAAGACCUUCUUACCUGGAACAAGACCACGGCUUGGCUUCCUUAACCGACAUGGAUGCUUGCCAUCGAGCCAACAAUUUCGUAUCUAGGUCCAUGACCAUGGGUUACGCCACCUCCUACACCAGAACCGGAUCAAGGAACACCCUUCCCGUUUUCUCACCGAGAUCUAAGACAUUCCACGACACCAGAUUCGAGGAUCAACACUCUCACUUCCUCGCCGCUUGUUUCCUCUGUAAAAAACCACUCGGAGACAACCGAGACAUCUUCAUGUAUAGAGGGGACACCCCGUUUUGUAGCCAGGAGUGCAGGCAAGAACAAAUAGAUAUAGACGAAGCCAAAGAGAAGAACUUGAACCUUUCUUCAUCGAUGAAGGCUUUGAGAAAUAAGGAACAAAGAAAAUCGACGACGUCGCCAAACAAGGCGCAAGGCUACUCGUUCCGUACGGGGGCAGUUGCGGCGGCUUAGUUAGUUGAAGAGGUACAUAGGAUUCCUCGAACGAACGGAACUGAAGCAGUAUUCCCGGAAAAGGAAAGAAAACACUUUUAAGAAAAAAACUGUGACCCAGAAAAAAGAUACUUUUUCUUUCCACAAACAGGGGUGAAGAGAGAGGAAUGGAAGGUACAGGGGAGUUUUGUGAAUGUGGCUGUAAAUGUGUUAUACGUGUUCAAGUGUUGGGUGCUUACAGUGCGAGAUCCUCUCAAUCAAAUGGCUCAAAUUUUCGGGUUUGCUUUUUCUAUUUCUUUUUUCUUUGGAAUCAAGGGUUUUGGUUUUUGUUUCCUUUUGUAUAUCACCCUACCUUGUUGAGUUAUAGGGCUUGUGGCAAAUAGUUUCAGUUUUUAAAAAAGAUGAAACUGAAUACAGUGGAAACUUUCUUUCCUUUGGCCUU